AUGUUGACCGACAGUCACGUUUUUGAGAGAUUAAACUGUAUAAUUCUGAUUUUCACAGAGGAGGAUUUGAUGCACGGGGGCGGUAUUGGCGGGGGUUCUAUGGUCGGUCAGAACUCAAUAUUUGGGUGCUCGGCUGCAGGACACAGUGGGGUCAACCAGCUUGGUGGUGUUUACGUCAAUGGCCGACCAUUGCCGGAUUCAACGAGGCAAAAGAUUGUAGAAUUGGCACAUAGUGGGGCGAGACCGUGUGACAUAUCGAGGAUACUGCAAGUCAGCAAUGGUUGUGUCUCCAAAAUUCUUGGAAGAUAUUAUGAGACUGGCUCGAUAAAACCUAGGGCGAUAGGAGGCAGUAAACCGCGAGUUGCAACGACACCGGUGGUGAAUAAGAUUGCAGAUUACAAGCGUGAAUGUCCCUCGAUUUUUGCUUGGGAGAUACGGGACAGACUGCUGCAGGAGGGUGUUUGCAACAACGAUAAUAUACCUAGUGUGUCCUCGAUCAACAGGGUGCUGAGAAACUUAGCUUCCCAGAAGGAGCAACAGGCAGCGGCUGUUCAGGUACAUCAGGGUGCUGAGAGUGUUUACGAUAAGUUGAGGAUGUUCAAUGGACAGGCAACUGGAUGGCCGCCAGCGUGGUAUUCAGCUACACCCUCUCAUCAUCCACUUGCGGCUGGAAUGCCAACAACAGCGGGACCUGGAUCAGGACAGUCACUUUUACCUGGUGGACAACUUCAUGCUCGUGAUGAUCCACUCCUCAAACGUUCUGAUGCUGGAUCUCUAUUGUCCCAUCAACAGGAGACAACUUCGGACGGUAAUUCUGAACACAAUUCAUCCGGAGAUGAGGACUCGCAAGUACGACUGAGGCUGAAACGCAAACUCCAGCGCAAUCGCACGUCAUUCUCCAAUGAACAGAUAGAUGCCCUGGAAAAAGAAUUCGAGAGGACACAUUAUCCGGACGUGUUUGCACGGGAGCGUCUCGCCGAGAAGAUUGGAUUGCCUGAGGCACGUAUCCAGGUUUGGUUCAGUAAUCGUCGGGCUAAGUGGCGACGAGAGGAAAAGUUACGAAAUCAACGGCGCGCCGCUGUGGAUCAAGUGGUUGGCGGCGGCGGAGGAGGAGGAGGUAAUGGUGCGGCGCCACCUGCAGUGACACCGGCGACACCUAGGAUACCGUUGAAUGCCGGUUUCAAUGCUAUGUAUUCGUCUAUACCACAGCCGAUUGCAACAAUGCCAGAUACUUAUAGUUCGAUGACGAGUAGUCUGGGUGGGUCAAUGGGGAGCAGUUGUCUUCAGCAACGGGCUGAAGGUUAUCCAGCUUAUGUGUUUCACGAACCACUGCAUAGUCUAACGCAGUCGUACUCACACGCUCAUACGACAACAGCACACUCACAACCUCAUCGAGGCAUACCCACGUCUCAUGGAGGUACUCCAAGUACACCGGGAGGGCAACCCACUGGACCAGGAGCAACGCCUUAUCAGCCAACUACCUCCACAGCCACUGGAGUUAUAUCAGCGGGUGUGUCGGUGCCAGUGCAGAUACCAUCACAGACACCGGAUUUAGCUGGCAACUAUUGGCCCCGGCUUCAGUGAUCCCAGCUAUUCGGGUUCCCGCCCGCGAGCCUACUCGUAGGCCAGGAGAGCCCGCCUCCAGGACCACCAACACCUAAUGCGGUAUCACGACCGCUUCUUACUUCGCUCGGUCUACCACAGUCUAUGCCACCUUCAUCGACAUCUAUUACACAUAGUGGACAUCAGGCGAGUACACCUGCGACACCAGUCACUAAUUCCGAUGCCAGUGAGUGAACCAAAUGAAAAAUGAA